AUGGCUCUUGCUAUCGGAACUCAAUUUGCACAUGUGAACGAAAAUAAGUUCAAGGCAAGGGAUCUGAGAGAUCUUGCGCCGGACAAGGAUGAUGGACCGAGCGAGAAUAACAUUUGCAAGGGGCUCGCAUGUACACAUCUUGGUCUUGCUAUCAGAGUUGUUAUCCAGAAUGGCGAAUUAGUAUCUUACGUGGAAGACCUGAAUCGAUCUCCCACAUCGAAGUGGAUGCUAUGCUACCUGUUGACGUUCCGGAAUUCAGACAUGGGAGACAGAGUUCCACUUUUCGUCAAUAUGAUAGCACUGAUUUAUAUGACUUUCGUAACCAGAUACGCAUUCAAGCAGUUGUUCAUUCUUGACAGCUACCCUUGA